AUGACACUUCCUUCCAGAGAGAGUGACUUCGAUGCCCGAUACCUCCGUCGCCUGGUAGGGACUAAGUUCACUACCUUUUCUGACUUCGACCCCCUGCGACAGCCGUCUGAUGUCUCUUUUUCCGCGUCUCCCAUCUCUCUCUCUGCGGCCCGAGAUGCCUACGUCGUUGGUGAAGAUUGA